AUGCAGGGGCACCCAGCAGCUUGCCAGGCCUUGCUGGAGCAUCCCCGCUUUAUCGCGGAGGGUGCCCGAGAUAAGGAUGGAUGGACCGCGCUCCACUGGGCCGCCUCGGGGGGCUAUGCCACUGCCUGCAAGCUUCUCCUAGCCAACCCCAGCUUUACCGAGGUGGCCGCAAGAACUGCCCGAGGCUGGACUGCCUUGCACUUGGGUGCAGCACACGGCUUCGAAGAGGUUUGCCACGCGUUGCUGUCUCAUCCGCGAUUCACUGUGGUGACUGCGCAGGACUGCGUUGGCCGGAAUGCCUUGCAUGCGGCUGCAGAGGCUGGUCACCGCAAUGUGUGCAAGCUGUUUAUGGGGCACGAGAGCUUCCGAGUGUUGGCAAGUACAAAGGACUAUUUCGGCCACGCUGCGAGCGAUUUGGCUGUCGGAGGAGCGCUAGAGGUGCCUCUACAUCAGCCGUAA